UUAUUGGUUCUUUUUGUUGCUAAGAGACGUGUCCCCAAUAGACGUUUCCAUGGUAACAGACCAAUAACAGACCGUUGGAACUUCAGGGCUGCUGAGUUUUAUGGAGAAAGUAAUCCAACAAUUAUAAGUAUUACCACUAUGGCUUUACCGUUUCUGCCAGGGAACUCUCCCAAUGAAAGACUGGGGAAGGAGAAAUUCCACAAAUCCCAACAUUUUGACUAUUCCAGUGGAGUCCCUAUGCUGGUUGGGUCUGAGAAGCCAGGCAUUGGAGGAGAACAUUUAGUUGGUCAGGAGAUUAAAUCAAAGUACUCCGUCUAUCCUAUAGGAAGUGGUACCGGUUUACCACCAUGGGUAACCUUUGACAAACAGGUUCUGUGUUUUGAUGCAUACUUCCAGGAGACUGUACCUGAGGCUCAGUCUGAGACGUACAGAAUCAGAAAGUGUAAGAUCUACUUCUUCCUGGAAGACGAUACCAUACAGGUUGUGGAGCCGGAGUACAAGAACAGUGGCAUUCCCCAAGGAACACUCAUUCGUCGCCACCGUAUCCCACUGCCUCCUCCAAAUGAAGGCCAGUUCUACAACCUGUUCCAUUUCAACAUCAACCAACAGAUGAAGCUGUACUCUCGCACGUUCACUGUGACUGACUGUGACGCUUUCACAAGGAACUUUCUGACAAAACGUGGGGUGCACGUAAAUAACCCUACCACUGUACCUGAGGACCCCUACAGCAGCCUCCGGGAACAGCUCAAAAAGAGUAUGCAGCCGCUUCGGCCAUAUGAGAGACAUGAUACGCUGAAGCAGUUCUUGGACCAUGACCGCAAAGUCCUGCGCUUCUACUGCUUCUGGGAUGACUCACAGAGCAUUUAUGUUGACUUGCGGGAGCUCAUACUGCACUACUUCCUGGUUGAUGACACCAUAGAGAUCCGGGAGGUGAUCCCCCCAAAUUCUGGCAGAGACAAAGUGAACAAAUUUCUUCGUCGCUGCAGACUACCUAAGCAUGUUCCAGCCAAAGUCAAGCAGCCUGGAGAGAUAACAGACCGCACGGUGCUCAACGUGCUCACCUCCAGUACUAUGGGAAAUCGCUACAUACUGGACAGCCUCAAAACCGGAGCUGUCCACGAGGAAUUCUACAAGGACUGUGAUUUGAUCAUAGGUGGGGAAGUGAAUGUGUGGGGCAGGAGAGUAAUCCUCGCUGACUGUGAUGACUUCACCAAACACUACUACCACUCCAAAUAUGGCAUAGAGGACUUCACCCCGUUGCAAUACAAAGCUCCACCAGCCCCUAAGCCCCUGAGACCUGUGCCCCCCUACAACGGCUUUGGCUCAGAGGAAGACUCACUGAGCUUCUGCCAGCGCCUCCUGCCCAAGCCGCCACGGAAAGACUUCCAGAAAUUUAUGGAGAAAGACAGGUAUGGCUUGGACAGUAAAGUGCUGAAUUUCCAAGCUAAGAUGAUUACAGCUGAUCCAGUUGACAGAGAGCGGGUUUUCAUCAUCUCCUUCUACCUCUCCGAUGACACCAUCAGUGUGUUUGAACGCCCACAGAAGAACUCAGGUGUUCUUGGUGGUAAGUUUCUGGAGCGUGGUCGGGUAAAGAAGCCAGGCCAGGAGCUGUUUAAGAGUCAGCUGUCUCAGUACUUUACAGCUCAGGAUCUGUAUGUGGGAGGUACCCUCUGCCUUAACAGCAUCAACUUCCAGCUUCUGGAUGCUGAUGAAUACACAUUCAAGUACAUGGAGCAGCAUGCUGAGGAGUUUCCCAGAGCCAACAUGGGCAUCAUCAUUAGCAAACUAAGGUCCCUUUCGGAGGAGAAACAGAGUGAGAUAAGGAAGUUUCUGACUCUCAGUGACCCCAGCAACACUGGCUUCAUCCCUUUUGAGUCGAUAAGGAGCCUGCUGCUGGGCCUGGACUGCGAUCUGUCUGAGCACGAGGUGCUGGUGCUGGGCCGGUGUUUCUCAGAGCGCAAGCAGACCCAGGUGGACGUGGGCUUGAUGCUGGCUGUGGCCCAGGACUUCCUCAAGAAGAAGGCCUUUGAAGAAUUCCCUAAAAUGGCCAGAGCAUUUAUGGAUCAGGAUCGACACAAGACACAACGUCUCUCCACAAAAGAGAUAAGGACCAUUUGUAAGGCUUUCCACCUUCCCGUGCCCAACAGCCUGCUCGAAGGUCUUCUCAGCAAGUUUGCAGAUGGAGAUGAGAUUGACUACCAUGCCUUCCUUGCUGGUAUUAACUGGUUAGAGCACCCUGCUCCACCCGUGAUGCCUGAAGACACCUUAAAGCUGCUUAUUGCCUCGCCGGCUUCUAAGCCCAAACUCAUUGCUCAGUCUCUGCUCAACUACUCUGCCGUCCUAAAAAAGCUCCAAGUUUGAAGUCGAUGUGGGGUUUGAUGGUGGCGGAGCUGCCGUGAAAAACAUCAACUACUCUGCCUUCCUGCAGGAUGCAUUCAGCUUGCCCUCCAACAGCAGUGACACCUCAGCAUAGACACAUACCCUUACCCCAUGGACACAAACACACACACACACACACUGCUCAUUCCUCAAUUAAAGGACAUGGUACAUCACAUAA